AUGAAUAAAGGACAUACGGCAGCUUCAUCAUUUAAUUAUAAUGAUCAACUAUUUGUUGUUGGGGGAUUUACUAAGACAAUAGAUACCUUGGAUCUCAAUGAAUUACCUUUGAAAUGGAUGGAAUUUUCUUUCGAAUUUCCUUAUGUGUCCCUUAUGAAGGUGAUGAUCAUCAAACUGUUGUUUACGAACAGCGUAUCAUUCACGUUGGUGGAUAUAAUUAUGACAAGGAUAAAAAGUCUAACGUGAUUAGUGAAUUGCAACUUACCUUACCUUGCAUACUGAAAAAGUAGUGCCAAAUGCCCCAGCCACGAGAUAGUCAUGGCGCUGAAGCUUUUAAAGAUAAAGUCUUGAUCUUGGGAGGACAAGAUGACAAUGAUGUUUUAGACAGUGUGUUGGAAUUUGAUCCAGAGAAGAAUGAAUGUAAGGAGCCACCAUCAUUAUCACAUCCCAUGCACUACAUGCAGGAAAUGGCCACAGUUCGCUGGAGAGAUCAAGUAGUUUUAUUUGGAGGUCGUGUUAAGGAUGAUCAAGUUCUGAACGAUGUUUUUAUGUAUGACUGCAAGACGGGCAAGAUCACAGCCUUACCAUCUAUGUUGGAGAAGAGAUAUGAUUGUUGUGCAGUUAUUACUGGAAAUACAAUUGUAGUCAUGGGAGGUGAGAAUGAUGAUGAUCUCAGAUAUGUGGAGUAUUUUACAAUGGAAAGUUUUACAUGGUAG